AUGGCUGAUGGCUUUAACAAGUCCUUACAGCCACAUCUGAGCCCAGAAAUGGAAAGCAGUGGAUCUGUAUGGGUGGUGGAGGAGGAGGAGGAGGACGACGAUGACGAUGACGACGAGUUUUUUGCUGGGAAGGUGGCAGAAAGAAAGUCCCUUCUUGUGCACAUCAGAGAUAAGGAAGAUGUUUCCAUCUUAACUGGCCCCCAUGCCAAGAAACAGCAAAUGUCCAACAGCAGCUCAAUCACUGAGUUCCUCCUCCUGGCAUUCGCAGACACACGGGAGCUGCAGCUCUUGCACUUCUGGCUCUUCCUGGGCAUCUACCUGGCUGCUCUCCUGGCCAAUGGCCUCAUCAUCACUGCCAUAGCCUGCGACCACCACCUCCACACCCCCAUGUACUUCUUCCUCCUCAACCUCUCCAUCCUCGACCUUGGUACCAUCUCUAUCACGGUCCCUAAAGUGAUGGCCAACUCACUCUCAGACAACAGGUCCAUCUCUAAUGCAGGAUGCGCUGCUCAAGUCUUUCUAUUUUUCUUCUUGCUUGGAGCUGAGUACGCCCUUCUCACUGUCAUGGCCUACGAUCGCUACGUUGCCAUCUGCCAACCCCUGCACUACGGGACCCUCCUGGGCAGCAGAGCUUGUGUCCACAUGGCAGCAGCUGCCUGGGGCACUGGGUUUCUCUAUGCUGUGCUCCACAUGGCCAAUACAUUUUCUAUACCACUCUGCCAUGGUAAUACUGUAGAACAGUUCUUCUGUGAAAUCCCCCAGAUCCUCAAGCUCUCCUGCUCAGAUGCCUACCUCAGGGAAGUUGGGCUUCUUAUAUUAAGCUGUUUUUUAGGUUUUGGGUGUUUUGUUUUCAUUGUGCUGUCCUAUGUGCAGAUCUUCAGGGCUGUGCUGAGGAUCCCCUCUGAGCAGGGACGGCACAAAGCCUUUUCCACGUGCCUCCCUCACCUGGCCGUGGUCUCCCUCCUUGUCAGCACAGGCAUAUUUUCCUACCUGAAACCCCCCUCCAUCUCUUCCCCAUCCCUGGACCUGGUGGUGGCAGUUCUGUACUCGGUGGUGCCUCCAGCAGUGAACCCCCUCAUCUACAGCAUGAGGAACCAGGAAAUCAUAGAUGCCCUGUGGAAACUAUUUGAAUACAAUCUACUUCAGAUCAAGAAGACCCCCAUUAUCCCACCAGGGCUCCCUCUCGAGGAGUACGAUGACAUAGAAAGAAGAGGAACCAAGAGCAGAAAGGAUGACACAGAUGCCUACUUGGAGCAAACUAUCUCCCAAUCUGCUCAUGGCCUCAAGCUGGUCUGGCCUGAGUGCUUUGGAUGA